AUGAAGUCUGGCGCUGGAGGAGGGUCCCUCGCCGUCUUCUGGGGGUUUCUGCUCGCCUUCGCCGCGCUUGGUCUGGGGCCGACAAAUGGGGAAAUUUGUGGGCCAAAUGUUGACAUUCGCAAUGAUAUCCAUGAGCUGAAACGUCUGGAGAACUGUACGGUAAUUGAGGGUUUCCUUCAAAUUCUGCUCAUCUCUAAAGCAGAGGAUUACCGCAACUUCCGCUUCCCAAAGCUCACUGUCAUAACUGACUAUUUGCUGCUGUUCCGUGUGGCAGGCUUGGAAAGCCUCAGCGAUCUCUUCCCCAACCUCACAGUUAUUCGUGGGAGGAACCUUUUCUACAACUAUGCCUUGGUUAUCUUUGAAAUGACAAAUCUUAAAGAGAUUGGGCUUCACAAUUUGAGGAACAUAACCCGCGGGGCCAUACGGAUUGAGAAGAACUCUGACCUCUGUUACCUCUCCACGGUGGACUGGUCUCUCAUCCUAGAUGCGGUGUCCAAUAACUACAUUGUUGGGAAUAAACCUCCAAAGGAAUGUGGGGACUUGUGUCCAGGAACAAUGGAAGAGAAGCCAUUGUGCGAGAAGACCUCUAUUAACAACGAGUACAACUACCGCUGCUGGACCACCAACCACUGCCAGAAAAUGUGCCCCAGCUCAUGUGGCAAGCGAGCCUGUACAGACCAAAAUGAGUGUUGCCAUCCCGAGUGCUUGGGGAGCUGCACAGCGCCUGACAACAACACCGCUUGCGUGGCCUGCCGCAAUUACUACUAUGAAGGAGUCUGCAUGCCCACCUGCCCUCCCAACACCUACAAAUUUGAGGGCUGGCGCUGCGUGACUAAGGAGUUUUGCUCCAAAGUCCCUGCCACCGAAACAAGUGAAUAUGAGAGGUUUGUGAUUCACAAUGAUGAGUGCAUGGCAGAGUGCCCCUCUGGAUUCAUACGCAACGGGAGCCAAAGUAUGUUCUGCAGUCCCUGUGAAGGGCCAUGCCCCAAAAUUUGUGAGGACGGGAAAACGAAGACCAUUGACUCUGUCACAUCAGCACAAAUGUUGCAGGGAUGCACAAUUCUCAAGGGGAAUUUGCUGAUUAACAUCCGUCGUGGAAAUAACAUCGCUUCAGAACUGGAGAAUUUUAUGGGCCUGAUUGAGACAGUAACAGGGUACGUGAAGAUUCGCCAUUCCCAUGCAUUAGUCUCCCUGUCUUUCUUGAAGAACCUGCGGUAUAUUCUGGGAGAGGAACAAGUGGACGGGAAUUAUUCUUUUUAUGUGCUUGAUAACCACAAUCUUCAGCAGCUGUGGGACUGGAACCAUCAUAACUUGACGAUCAAGGAGGGGAAAAUGUACUUUGCAUUUAAUCCUAAACUGUGUGUUUCUGAGAUCUACCGUAUGGAGGAAGUUUCAGGAACCAAAGGGCGACAGAGCAAAGGAGAUAUAAAUCCAAGGAACAAUGGGGAGAGAGCCUCUUGCGAAAGCCACAUUCUGCGUUUUGUUUCCAACACUACACUGAAGAAUCGGAUUAAACUAACGUGGGAACGGUAUCGGCCUCCGGAUUACAGAGAUCUCAUUAGCUUCACUGUUUACUACAAAGAAGCGCCAUUUAAAAAUGUAACGGAGUACGAUGGUCAAGAUGCAUGUGGCUCCAAUAGCUGGAACAUGGUUGAUGUUGACCUGCCACCAAACAAAGAGAACAACCCUGGAAUUUUACUACAGGGAUUGAAACCUUGGACUCAGUAUGCCAUUUAUGUCAAGGCUGUUACCCUCACAAUGAUGGAAAACCAUCAUAUUCAUGGAGCAAAAAGUGAAAUUGUUUAUAUACGAACCAAUGCUGCAGUGCCAUCCAUUCCCUUGGAUGUUAUUUCAGCAUCCAACUCCUCUUCCCAACUGAUUGUGAAAUGGAAUCCUCCCUCUCUUCCCAAUGGCAAUCUCUCAUACUAUAUUGUACGAUGGCAGCAGCAACCUCAGGACAGUUAUCUUUACAGACACAAUUACUGCUCCAAAGAUAAAGUCCCUAUUCGAAGAUAUGCUGAUGGGACCAUUGAUACAGAAGAAGCUACUGAGCCCACCAAGCCAGAGGGCUGUGGGGGAGAAAAAGGACCUUGUUGUGCUUGUCCCAAGACAGAGGCAGAAAAGCAAGCUGAGAAGGAGGAAGCAGAGUACCGGAAGGUCUUUGAGAACUUCCUUCACAACUCCAUCUUUGUCCCCAGACCUGAUCGGAAGCGGAGGGACGUGUUCCGAAUUGCAAAUGCCACUUUGGCCACUCGAAACAGGAACACGACUGGGACAGAUCACUUCACCAAUGUUUCUGACACAGAGGAGAGUGAGGUGGAAUACCCGUUCUUCGAGACCAAAGUGGAUGGCAAGGAGAGAACUGUCAUCUCCCACCUCCAGCCUUUUACUCUGUACCGCAUUGAUAUUCACAGCUGCAACCAUGAAGCUGACACACUUGGCUGCAGCGCUUCCAACUUUGUCUUUGCAAGAACCAUGCCUUCAGAGGGAGCAGAUAACAUUCCAGGAACAGUAGCAUGGGAAGCAAAAGAAGAAAACACCGUCUACCUGAGGUGGUUAGAGCCUACCAAUCCAAAUGGGCUGAUACUAAUGUAUGAAAUCAAAUAUGGGCAGCAUGGAGAGGAGAAGCGGGAAUGUGUUUCCAGACAGGAAUACAAAAAGCUCGGGGGAGCUAAACUAACUCACCUGAACCCUGGAAACUAUUCUGCUAGAGUUCAGGCCACUUCGUUAGCUGGAAAUGGGUCAUGGACCGAGCCAGUCUCUUUCUAUGUACAACCCAAAUCAGCAAACUAUGGAAACUUCCUGCACUUGAUAAUUGUGCUUCCCAUUGCUUUCCUGCUCAUCAUUGGGGGUUUACUAAUAAUGCUGUACGUCUUUAACAAAAAGAGGAACAGUGACAGACUGGGCAAUGGGGUACUUUAUGCUUCUGUGAACCCCGAGUACUUCAGUGCUUCAGACGUGUAUGUUCCAGAUGAGUGGGAGGUGCCUCGCGAGAAGAUCACCAUGUGUCGGGAGCUUGGGCAAGGCUCCUUUGGGAUGGUGUAUGAGGGGAUAGCCAAGGGAGUGGUGAAGGAUGAGCCAGAGACCAGGGUGGCCAUCAAAACUGUCAAUGAGUCUGCAAGCAUGCGUGAGAGGAUAGAGUUCUUAAAUGAGGCCUCAGUAAUGAAGGAGUUCAAUUGUCACCAUGUGGUUCGGUUGCUUGGUGUUGUUUCUCAGGGCCAGCCUACCCUAGUUAUCAUGGAGCUGAUGACACGUGGGGACCUCAAAAGUUACCUGAGAUCAUUGAGGCCAGACACAGAGAAUAAUCCUGGCCAGACACCUCCAACUCUAAAGAAGAUGAUUCAAAUGGCAGGAGAGAUUGCUGACGGGAUGGCAUACCUCAACGCCAACAAGUUUGUUCACAGAGAUCUUGCUGCGAGAAACUGCAUGGUGGCAGAAGAUUUCACGGUGAAAAUCGGAGAUUUUGGCAUGACAAGAGAUAUCUACGAGACAGAUUAUUACCGUAAAGGAGGGAAAGGUUUGCUGCCAGUCCGCUGGAUGUCCCCAGAAUCACUGAAAGAUGGAGUCUUCACAACGCACUCCGAUGUCUGGUCUUUCGGUGUUGUACUUUGGGAGAUUGCAACGUUAGCGGAGCAGCCGUACCAAGGCAUGACCAAUGAACAAGUGCUCCGCUUUGUGAUGGAAGGAGGUCUGCUGGAAAAACCCGACAACUGUCCCGAUAUGCUGUUUGAACUGAUGCGCAUGUGCUGGCAGUACAACCCGAAAAUGAGGCCCUCCUUCCUGGAAAUAAUCGGGAGCAUUAAAGACGAGCUGGAUCCAGCGUUCAAAGAGGUCUCCUUCUUCUACAGUGAAGAGAACAAGCCUCCGGAUACAGAGGAGCUUGACCUGGAGACUGAAAACAUGGAGAGCAUUCCUUUAGAUCCCUCCUCCACCCUCCAACCCACUGACAAGCACUCAGGACACAAAGCCGAGAACGGCCCAGGCGUGGUGGUCCUUCGGGCCAGCUUCGAGGAGAGACAGCCGUACGCACACAUGAACGGGGGACGCAAGAACGAGAGGGCCUUACCGUUGCCCCAGUCUUCGGCCUGCUGAUCCUUAGAACCAGAAUCUCACAGAAACAAAACACAGAAAAAACACACGUAUUGGGGGAAGAAAGAAAGAAAAUUACAAUAUAUUCAAAGCCUACUGUACCUCAGUGGAUCUUCAGAACUGCCAUAGCUGCACUUGGGAGAACCCUUUUUUCAGUAAACAAGUUAUCGUUUUUUCUUUUUUCAAUAUGCAAGCAGAUGUUUGUUUCAGUAAAGGACUCCAUUCAUGGGGCACACAGUUGGCCUUUUAAAACUCUAAUGUUAACACUUAAUAGCAACAGAAAACUUGAGAUCUGAUGUCUCUCUCUCUCUUUCUUCUCUCUCUCUCUCUUUCUGUCUCUGUCUUUGCUUCAUAAUGGGAAACAUAUCUGCGUGCAAGUUCAACCGUACAGCACUUUUAUCAGAUCAAAGAUAUCGCAGGCCAGGUGGCUCCCCAGUACCUUUGCAAGCACCUGCCUAACACUGUAGGUCUUUAUUAAAAAACAAAAAAAACAAAACAAAAAAACACAUACAAAAAAAAAAAAAGAAACAAAAAAAUAACAAAAACACACAGAAAAAAAAAAAACAAAAAAAAAUUUAAAAAGACUGGAUUUUUAAUGUUGCUCUUUAAUCUUUUUAGGAACACGUAAAAGAAUAAAAAAGGGCCAUCAUUCGUCCAAGGUUGUUACCAUUUUCAACGCUGCCAAAUUUUGCCAAAAAAAUGAACUCUGUUUUUUGUUUUUGUUUUUUUUUGUAGGCAUGGAAGGAGCACAGUAAUCAACUGCUCUGUUUAAAGGAGAUCCUGACCAAUAAAUUCUAUUCAAUCAUACACUGGUAUUUAAAAUAAAAACAAAAAUCAAAUUGUCUAGACCUUUUUUCAAAACUGGACAAAAUGUGAUUUUUUUCUUGCGAUGGAGAAGAUAAAAGGGAUGGGGUAAAGAAACAGCCCUCUCUCCACUCCUGUCCCCAUCCCUAUGAAUUCUGGACAAAACUGGCAGUGGUGAGCUAAACAAACGUGUGCAUUUUGUAAAAAAAAAAAAUAAAAAAAUUCAACCGCACGCCAAAAAUGAAACAUAAAAAACAUGAAAAAACCGGCAGAGAUCUCCAUCAUUGCAGCCUGCCUUCCUUCACAGGCUUGCAAGGAAAAAACACCUAUAAAACAAAAAUUGGAGAAGACAAAAAAAAGCAGUAACCGGAUUCAAGUAUAUAAUGCUUUGUUGACCUUUUCUCUUUAUUAUUAAGACUUCUCGAAGGGUCUUGCAGUUCUAUGUUAGACCAUGGAUCAUUUGCAUACACAUUGUCUUUUGUGUCACUUUUAUAACUUUUUUACGGUUCAGAUACUCAUCUAUAUGUCUGUACAGAAAAAAGCUGCUAUUUUUUUUGUUCUUUAUCUUUGUGGAUUUAAUCUAUGAAAACCUUCAGGUCUGCCCUCCUUCCCUUCCCUUCCUUCCCACUUCAACAGAUUUUCUUAUGCUUUGUACUAUAGUGUGUAACUUUUACUUCUUCCUUCCCAGUAACUGAUACCUUUCAUAUGAUUUGCCAUGAACUGUUUAAUGCCUUUUUAUAAAUACAUUUCCUCCUUUUUUUUUUUUUUUUUUUUUUUUUCCCAUUAGUUGUUUUACAACAUCUUGGCUGUGUGGGUUACAGGGCUUUUGAGGAGGACAUGGAGAAAGAAGGGACACCCUGCGUGGAAACACUCUGGCAGCGGUGUGGUGUUUUUAAAACCCGGUUUUCCUUCCUUCCCACUAACCUCUGCCCAGGCAGCAUGCGAGUCUGUUACAGUGCAAGGCAUGAUACAAACUCAGGUCAGAAAAAAGGUUAAAUAUUUAGUACAUUCUUGUUCAGUGUUUAUAUUCAUUGUUGUACAAGGGUCCUCCCCCUCCUUCCCUCCCUGCUUGUUUUGGUCGUGGCACACAUCCACCCACCCAUCCCCACACACACUCCCCACACAGACAGACAGACACACACCUUUUUUAUUUGUUGGGUACAACAGCAGACGCCAGGCUUUUGGGUCACUGAUUUUUAAAAUGACUCUUUUAACUCUUCCACCCACGAGUGAGAGCUGUACCGAUUGCAGCUGGCGGUGCCGGGCGUUCUUAGGGUGGCCGUUCACCACCUGGCCCCAGCUCUUCGCCUUCCUGCUGAGGAAGCCCUCGUGGAGGAUGCCUUGGGCUGCACUUUGCACCCCUGGUCAAAACAAAAUAAUGCAACAAAACAGCAUGCCAUUUCCAUGGGGCAGGGUGGAAGCACAUAGCUGAGGCCAGUGGCUCGGCUAGCAAACAGCUACGUGUUGGCAGCUAUGGAAACCUGUACAAGUCCAAGCCUGUUGCUUAAAUCAUAGACCAAACCUCAGAACAAAAGAAAAUGAGUAAGCUUGUUUGUUCAGUUGCAGAAGCCUUGGUGAAAAGGGAAGGAGGGGGCCAUCAUCAAGUCUAUAACCAAGGAGUCGUACCAGUUGCUCAUCUUAGUUACAGCAUCUAAGCCUUUGUUUAGCACUGAUCCAACCAAAUGAUGGCAGUGAAGAGGUGGUUCUGGGAUGGAAAUGUUUAAAUCUUUUGAGUAAGAACAAAGAAUUAAAAUAUACUGAUUGCUAGUUUUGACUGGAGAUUUUAAAAAGUUUGUAGUGCUUUUUGCUUGUGUAGUUUAGGUCCCAUUAUCUUCUCUUGCCUCUGUCCCAUAGUUAUUUUUCCCUUUUAAAAAUGAAAAAGACAAAAAAGUUAAUUAAGAAGGUAUUCUAUGUAGGAUUUUUUUAUUUAUUUUUGUGAUAUCAGUUUAAAUCACUGUAGAGAUGCCCCAUAAUAAAUUUAAAUACUGAGAUAAGGGUUUUUGAGUAUGACAGGGGGACAGUUUUUGAUUUUUUUCAAACAUUUAUCUACCUCACUCUUAUUUUUUUAUAUGUGUGUAUAUAAAAAAAAUACAUCUCACAUUUCUCAGCAGCCAAUAAAUGCCGUUGAUACUGGUAACCUCUCACUCCAUAAACCACAUGCUCUAGGUUCUGGAGGGGAACAGUCACUGCUCAUCACAAAGGGUCACUUCAGAAUAUUUGCCUCAAUUCCAAGGAGCUUGGCCUUUUUGGUCCCAAUUUGUUACUAUGAGAGAAAACCAAGAGGUGGCUGACUUAAGGUUAUUCUAAGGAAACACGAAGCCAUUUUAAUGUGUUGUCAUGGCAUGUUUAAAGGAGUGGACAAAUAGGUGACCUGAUAUAAGAACUUUAAAUUAUGAGUAUUUGAUCAAAUUUGUUACAGAAAUGAUUUGUUUACAAUGUUUGCAGGUCCAGAAGAGUUUCUAGAAUAAAGGAAUGGACUUUCUAUUUGUCCUAAGUCAUUCCUGCCAGUCUUUCCUCAGAUACCACAAGCACCAAGAAGAUACUUGGUUGAAUCAGCAUUCAUUUGGCUCAUACAGCAAGCAUUGCUUUUUUUUUUUAAUUUUCUUUUUGACCAAAACAGUGAAAAAACCUGCCCUGGGCUGCCUGAUGAUAUUACUACAUCAAGUUUACAGCUUUGGAUCUUUGCUGCUUCUGUUUAAUGAAAGCACUGAUUUUUUUUUUUUUCUUUUUUUCUUCAAAACUAACAUUGAAUUGAUUUUUUUUUUUAAUGUGCCAGUAAAACUUCAGUUCCCUUUUCAUCCCCCAUUUAUAUGCUUUGUAACUGUGGAUUCUGAUGGACCAGCCAUCAAAUUUUAACUGCCCUCUGACAGAGUGUAACUGGUUUACAGGCACACAGGACUAACACGAGCUUGCCAUCAACAUGAUGUAUAAUGUUUCUCUUUUUCCAGCUCUGGCAGCUGUUCGUGCAGGUGUUGGUUGUGGUAUCUGAAUAAUGUGGUGCUUGGCUACUUGGAGCUGUACAUGGCCUCUUGAAUAUACAGUCCUGUGGUUAAGUACUACAGGGUUUGUCUUUGGAGGGAGCAUUUUUCAAACCCUGAAAAAAAAAUAAAUAAGGUUUUACUAUGCUGUUCUUGUUUUCCCCCUUUUUUUGAGCUUCUUGUGACCUUUUGGUGUAGUGACUAUUCCCCUCUCUUGCACAUAUUGAUUACCACAACUGGAGAUCCUCAGAUCUUUCAGCUGGCUAGGAGGGUUUUGUUAAAACUGUCCAAGUUACUGGUUUUUAUAAUUUUAUGUAGGUGGUUUAAAAAUGCAUUAGGAAGAAACACUAAUGACGUAGCACCCAUCAUGAUAAACAUUUCAAAAAGCACUUCAAUAGAAGACAGUCAUGGGACUAAAAGUACGCAUGUGUGAUGACAGUCAGCUCUCCUGGACCAAACCACCUUCAUGAUACCAUUGUGUUCUGUGUUUGCAAUUCAAGCUUAAUUACUUUUUUGUUCUGUUUGUUUCCAUAGCUUUUUUUUGUUGUUGUGUUUUGUGCAUUUUGAAUAGCUUUAUUCACAUGGGUUUUUCAUGCAGACUUCCCUUGGACAGUAAAUCAAGUUGUUUAUGCAUGUGAACAACUGAGAAUUAAUGUUGGCUUGAUAGAGUCAUAAUAUGGUUUGUAAUGUUGUUCUUCCCUGAGACCACUGGCUUGUCUGGUAUGGAAAAUUUAUUUAGAACUUGAGCUAUGUUUGAAUAAAGUUAAAGUAAUCCAAUUUGUUUAUAAAUUAAAAGCAAAAGCCCACCCAGUCCUGAAAACCAGCAUUUUGACAAAUGGUACCAAGAUGUUCUAAUUGCAGUAGGCUAACAAAUUGUCAUCGCAGUGGGGGAGGCUUUGAUUUAGCACUCGGGCCGUUGUUCUCACCUGACUGGCAUUGCAAAGCUUCGCAGUGGCACAGAAGGUGGUUUGGUUGCAAAGGAAGGUGGCUCCUAUGUAAGCACAGAAGUGUCAGCUGCUUGGUGCUGAGAUGCACUUUCAGGGGAGCGAUAAAGUAGACGCAGAAGCCAAGCGUGAUGGGAAGUUUGAGGCCAGCCUGUGUCCGCCAAGUCUUUCUCAGCACGAUGCCUCUGCUCUGUAAAGCUGGUUCUAAGUGAUGUAUGAUUCCAGGGAUGCUCGCACUGAUGCUCCUGUUGGUGUUUAGAAACAAGUGAAGCCCGGUUUGCCCAGGACGACUGGUCACCAGACGGAACUGCUCUCAGGUCCUCUGGGAACUGCCGAGGGGUGUUCAGUACAAUCUGAGUCUAAGUGAAUGACACUCCUGUUGUUGGUAUAACUCCAUACAUAUAUAUCUAUAUAUGCAUAUAGAUAUCUGCAUAUGUAUAUCUAUAAUAUAGAUAUAUAUAUAUUUAAACCCUGUUCAUUCCAUUAGUGCAAGUAACACUUGUUUCCUGUUGUUCUUAUUUUGUUUGUCAACAGCGUGUUUAAUCACUGGGCUAAACAACAGUGGAGGAAGGUGCAAGGGAUCCACUCCUUACUAACCAGUGAUAAAAGCCAGAUAUUGCAACUUAACCCAUGAGUAGUUGUGCAGACAAGACUUUAAGAAUGAUGUGUAGAAAAAACACAGUGGCCAGGGGUGCUGAAGAUACAGAACUGCAAAUAGGCAGGAGGGCUUCAAAGGAUGCCUCAGUUCAGAGAACUGGUUGCUCAGAGGUGAAAAGCAGCCUCCAAUAUUGAGUGCAGCCAGGUAAAUCAGAAUUGAGAAGUAUUUGUAUGGAGACGUAUGAAAACAAAGGAUAUGGAAAUGCGUAUUUACAAAGACACAGGGCUUGGCAGAAGUUUGAAGUUGUUUCCUGAGCUUGGUGUGUGGGACAGCAGCAGAGCUCAGAUUCUGAUCAUUGGUACUUGUAAAUAAACCUUUUGACUUUCCAGCUGAAGUAGUAAACUCGUUAACGGGAGUUUGAUGGUUUUUAUUAUCGAUCUGUAUGAAUCAGUCUCAACCUACACUUGGUCUGUUUUGCAAGUACCUUAAGACUAUCACUAGGUUGUAUGCGUGCGUGUGUGUGUGCGUCCAUCUUUUUUUGUAUGCGUUACGUUGAUUAGUAAUCCAUUAGCAUUUUCAAUAGGGCUUUAAGUCCAGUAGAUUACGGGUAGUCAGUUGACGAAGAUCUGGUUUACAAGAACUAAUUAAAUGUUUCAUUGCGUUUUGUAAGUACAUAGAAUAAUUUUAUAAAAUGUUUGUAGUUUAUUAAUGCCUAAAAUAUAAUUUAAGGGCACUUUUCUGUGUCUGUGUGGGUGUGUCUGUAUGUGAUCAGUUUUUUUUUUUUGAUGGUACCAGUUUACUAGCUAGCUUUACAAUAUGCCAAAAAGGAUUGCUAACUUGUCCAAUUCAUGGCUCAUCCCCCUCCCCUUACCCACCCAAGCUUUGUGUCCCAGUAUACAGCGAAUGAAUAAAGAAGUUGGGGAAAUGUUCUGUAUCUUCAGUAUCCUGGUCUUCCAGAGCCCUCUGGUUGGGGUGGGAUCAUCUUAACUGGUCAUUUCACUUUACUGUCUAGUGCAGUUAACUAAAUGGACUACACGAACCUCACUGGUUCGGGAAACAGAACGGGUUUUGCUGCUACGCAGUCUCACUUGUGCUGUUCAGUACCUGCUUAACGGUUGCCAGGUGGUUUGAAGGAUACGACUGCCUAAGAGAAAGAGGGAAGACAGUUUUGUAAUGACUGUUGAAGAACUAUUUGCAGAUGUCUCAUCGUUCUAAAAGUUUGUAUGCAGCCUCUAAAGAUACUGAGUACCAUUUGAAGCUUUGUUGAAAGAGGCAAAGCAGGGUCCCUAUUUAUUUUUAUUUAAGAAUACUGAAGAUCCCUUCCCCCCCCUGAAAUUAGGCUAACUGCAUUUCUGAAGUGUUACGAUGAUUUAGGUAUUGUUUAAAGUCAGCUCUUCUGUUUUCUAAACCAGUGAGGUUUGAGAUGAAAGGAUUGGCCAGAGUUUGUCUACCUCUGGGACAAAAACAAAACUAGAAAGUGCUAAGGAAUGGAUGCAGUUGCAAAUACAACAUUUUCCAAGUUUUCUUGUUUAAAUUUUUUUAAGAGAAAAUUAAACAAUAACAUGGCCAAUUUAUUACAUAAAAAAGACUUGCUGUGUAUAAAUUAUUCCUAAAGAAAUUCCUGUGUUUAUAUUAAAAUGAAUCAGUAGAUAAAAAAAAAAAUUCAAAAUGUUUUUGUAUAUUCUGUUGUAAGAAUUUAUUCCUGUUAUUGCGAUAUACUCGGGAUUCUUUACAUUAUGAAAAGAAGAAACUUUGUCUAUUUUGAAUGGCUGAAGCUAAGGCUCCUUUAGUUUCUCUUACUCUGCUUUUUUCUAGUAGUUUCAGUACUACAUGAUUUAAGUUAAAUAAAAGAAUUCUGUAUGCA